GACUAUAAAACCCAACAAGUCUACAACAACCGGACGAAAUGUGGGCGACACACACGCAAACGCACGUUACGACUUUGUUGCAGCUCUUAAUACCAAGAUACUUCGCACAAUUCUCCUCAGUGCUGAUUGUCCAUGAUGGGCGCGUUGACGCAGACAGCGCCUUGCAGCGGGAAUAUCUCGAGGCGGUGCAACUGGCAUUCCGCAAUCUGUCCCAGCAGGGCCGCAUAAUUGGACUGCAAUGGAUUGAUGUCAGUCAACUGAAUGGCGGUGGCAGCAGUAGCAGCAGCAAUUGCGGAGACAAUUACAACAACAGCGUUGACAAUUUGGUCUACGACGAUGAGUUGGAGCUGUGUGUGCUGCGCGCCAUUAACAUUGUAACCGAGGGUUUCAUCACCAUUCUUUCGGACACAGUGCGUUUCCUGCACGCUCGCUACUUUGCAACACGCAAUGCGAAGUUACGUCUCAAGGAUAAGUUUUAUCUAUUCUUGUGCGAGCAUGAACGUCCCGAGGAGUUGCUAUCAACCGAGAUACUGCAGUUUUAUCCACACCAUCUUAUGGUCACACCAGAAAUGCUCACUGCACAGCAGAGCGACAGCCCACAAGGUAUUUCUAUCAAAACAAAAGUCAAUUCAAAGUAUACUCACCAAAUACCCAAUACAACCGCAACAACGGCAACUCGUCGCACACGGAACACCACUAAGCCAACAACUACAGCAAUCCCAUUAUCCACACUCGCCACGACAUCUCCAAGCGCGCACCGCGACAUCAACAUCCAAAUGUGGACACAAAAGUUUGUUGGCGCCAGCGGCAAUUUGGAUGCGCUGCUCCUGGACGCAUUCUUGCCGAACGAAACUUUUACCAGGAACGCUGAACUUUACCCAAAUAAAGUUAACAAUAUGAGGGGGCGCACAAUCUAUGUCGGCUCCGUUACAUACAGACCAUAUGUGGUGGCUAAUUAUGUGCCAGCUGGUACAGGCGAUGUGGAUGCAAUGAACACCAGUGAUCACAGUCGCACCGUAGCUUAUGUGGGCUCCGAAGCAGAGCUUAUGAAAACUUUCUGCGAAGUGCGCAAUUGUCAUAUACGCUUGAAACCAUACGGUGCUGAUAACUGGGGAUCCAUUUAUGAGAACGAGAACGCGACCGGUAUGUUGGGUGAUGUGUACACACAAACUGUCGAAGUAGCGAUCGGCUGCAUUUACAACUGGUAUAACAACAUCUUGGAAACAUCUAACACCAUAGCACGUUCUUCUGUAGCUAUUUUGGGACCAGCGCCGGCACAAUUUCCCGCUUGGCGUGCCAACAUAAUGCCAUUCAGUAACGCCCUAUGGAUCUUCUUAAUACUAACGAUUAUACUUUGUGCCGCCGUUAUGUACUUUAUUCGUUUUGUAGCCUCUGUACUGGACCAAUGGCAAAAAGGUGUACAACAAGAUUUUCAACAUAUAACAGCAUUUGGACAAGCAACAUUAGAUAUGUUUGCAGUUUUCAUUCAACAGCCGUCCGGGCCAACAAGUCUACACACGUUUGCAGCCCGUUUAUUUCUGGCGAUGAUACUCUGUGCUACCAUUACCUUGGAGAACACCUAUAGUGGUCAAUUGAAAUCCAUACUGACUGUACCUAUAUUCACUGAAGCUGUUGAUACCAUAGAAAAGUGGUCGAAAUCCGGUUGGACUUGGUCGGCGCCAUCCAUCAUAUGGAUCCAAAGUAUAGAUAGCUCAAAUAUCGAGAAAGAGCAAGUAAUGUCCGAGAAAUUUGAGGUGCGCGACUAUGAUUUUUUAUAUAAUGCCAGCUUUCGAUCGGACUAUGGGUUGGGUAUCGAACGUCUUAUGUGCGGGUCUUUUACUUUUGGCGAUUAUAUAACGGCGCCUGCUUUAGAAACAAAAAUUGUAUCAAAAGAUGACUUAUAUUUUGAUUGGACACGUGCUGUCUCCAUAAGGGGCUGGCCAUUGAUGCCGCUCUUCGACAAACAUAUACGCGCAUUCAUUGAAAGUGGACUUUACGUACAUUGGGAAAGGAGGAUCGUGCCAAUAUACUUGAAUCGCCAAACACAGGAAAUUAUAAUGAACUUGGCCUCGGGCCACAUCAACCAAUUACCGCCACAAAAGUUAACCAUAGAAAACAUUUCGGGCGCUACAUUUGCACUGCUCUUCGGCUGUCUGAUUGCGGGCUUUGUAUUUGUGUUGGAACUAACUGUUUACUACUUUAAUAAAUUGAAAGGUCUCUGUGUUAAUAAAAACCUUAAAAAGUAAAUUUCAUUCACGGUCAACGCCGAAGUCACUGCAGCAAUCGAUGAUCGCGUGUAA